UUUUCCCAUCGCCUUAAUCCAGAGUCAGACCACCCUGUGCUGCACAUUCACAACGAACAAUUGAAGCCAUUGUCGAAAGCCCACGAUACUUCCAUCGGCCGAGUGAUACCUUCAUCGAAAAAGUCAACCAGUCCGAGUCCCAUACACCAAAAUACUCCGAUUGGGCGUCUAAUUACAUCGCAUCGUCAUCUCUUCUCGAUAGACGUCACUCAACAUGGCCGUAUUCGACAGCAAAAAGUUCCAAUCCUCGGCGGCGACUAACACCUUCGCCGCCAAGUACCGAGCGCAAAUGGCCAAGAGGCCAUUCCUCCUAUUCGGUCUGCCUUUCGUGGCCGUUAUGGUCGCCGGUUCCUUCGUCUUGACGCCAGCUACAGCGAUCCGCUACGAAAAGUACGAUAGAAGGGUGCGACAGGUCACCAGGGAUGAGGAGCUGAACAUGCGUCGGUCAGCACGCAAGGUGGACAUGAAGGAGGAAUACUACCGACUUGCGGCCAAGGACAUCGACAACUGGGAGCAGAAGCGUGUCAAGCGAUUCGCCGGCGAACAUGAUGGCAUCAUUGGCGAGUAGAGAAGCCAUCACGAUACGCCUUGCAUCUCGAUCGACUUGAAGGCUACGAUGCGUUGGUCCAACUUCGAAAUGCCGGGCUUGUCAACAUGCGUGCAUCGAGAUGAGAUAAAGAAACGCGUCCAAGAAAAAAAAAACCUUCAAGCAAGGAAGUUUGUUGUUCAUCGAUCGCGGUCACGAUCCAUUGCGGCCAACUCCCUCGCUCAGAGUCUCAGCCCAGGCAAGAACGCGACCGCGGCAAGGCGCUUGUUGUGGCAGAAUUGUUGACGAAAGAAUGUGCACAUCUUCAUCUCGGCAGCGUCUGACCUUGAUCAAUGCGCACAAAAACAAUCAGCCACUUCGUGCCCAAUCCCCCAAGCCACCAAGGGUUCAAGACCAGCUAAGCGUUGCCUUCAACGUCACUUCCGAACCCCGUUGUCAAUCAUUAUCUGGCAGGUCUCAUGCGGCCGCAAUGGCUGCCGUGGAACGGGACGGGAGGCAUGCACAAGAAGAUCCCUAUUAGGGGGAGGCGUCGGACCGUCGUUAUUGGGACAACCAAGAUGCACAACAUCAGGGCGGCUCCCUUGGGCGCUUGCACGCGGGAUGACGCACCCACGGGUCGAUCUGGGGUGGCCGCACUCACUGCGGCCACUCCCUGUUGAGUGUACGAACAUGAAACAACUGUCUUGAUCUAUCAGAGACACGAUUGAGAAGCUGGGAACUUAGAAAAAGUUGGUGUUAUUGUUAAGCUUGGUGCUGGUGAACCAAGCCCCUAUGCACCGGAAGAGUGACGGAGCGCAUGCUGUCUCCCUUGGUCGCCUCACAACGCGCUACACGCGAAGGCACAUUCCAGGCACAGGCUGACGCUCAAGUACAACAUCAUGCAUGUAAAGCAAGUCUCAAUCGAUAUCAACUAGUAGCGUGGGAAUACCAAAAUUUGGGUCAUAGAGCGUUCUUCGGCAUAUAAGCUGAGUGCUCACAUAUUCAAUGCGCAAGACAGCGGCGCCUGCCCUGCAUCCUCUGGCCAUCGGAAGCCACUGCUUGGAUCUAACGACGACAAUGGAUGAAUGAGGCCCCAUCACGAUCGAGGUGCUGUCGUUCUGAACGAACUACUGGUGAUAUGCAACGGUUUCCUUGUCACACGCAUCAACUUCAGCCUCUGCCGAACGAAAGCUGUCAAGCAAGCCACUGCCCUAGCGCGGGAAGGGGUGGCUGUUCCGUUUCAAAACGUCUUCGUGUUCUCAUCGGUUGAUCAAGUCGCACCAUGAAUCCAAGAGAGAUGAGGAAAGAAAAAAAAAUGCCCGGAUAGAAACAUUCGCAUAGGUCACUCAAGGGCCAGUGGCGAAGAUGUCACAGAAAGAUUCAGGAGGCCCAGCGUCUCAAGACGGGGAGUUGGUACCGCGGUCGAGGGAAACCAAAAAGAAGAAGCCUUGUCGAUCGGGAUCGACGGGGCAUUGCCAUGCCGUCACUUCGUUCCCACCACGCCCCCAUAGUAUGAGCCCGGC